AUGGAAAUUCGACUCAAAUUAUGGCACAACUCUGUCACUGCUAGAGUGAUUUACAUUCGUGGAGGCAUUCAAUAUUCCGCAGGUGAGGACCAUUUUGCUGAUGAACCAUGCCGUAAAAGAAAGAUCCAGUCUCCCAUCCACUACGUUUGUCAAUCACCAAAGCCAUGA